UAGGAGACCGCUGAGAUGGUCUCCUGGAUACUGCACGAUGACGAGGAAGCCCGAACCUCCUGAUUACCAACGCCUCCUUGUCUCGCAAGACAACCAUGAAAUCUGGUUGACGCUUGCAACGUAUAACCCUCCAUAUGUCCAAUACGAAAGACGAACUUCCUCCCACGUGAGACUCUACACGACACACUGGUUCUCAAAGACCCCUGUCUCAAGGACCCUUGCACUUCAUGAGGAUGCAAGAAUAUUGUUCGCGGAACAUUAA